UAAACACGGGUCUGACCAGCCCCUUAGAAACAAUACCAAUCCCUGACGGUCCAGUUUUUCAAAACAUUGGUUUUAGCCUUUUAGGGUUUGUUAUAAAGAUGUUCUUGGCUGUACAGCGAAAGAUUAGCGUAGUUUUCUGACAGUUCGUCUUAAAUAAUUUGUUUUGAUUUGAAAUGAAAUGAAUCAGUUCGUUAACGACAUUACGUUCGAUUAUUCUAUAGUACCCUCGAAAAUUACAGAUAGAUUCGGAAGCUAAAGCAGCUCAGUAAUUUUAUAACAUAAAGAUUUAGGAUCUGGAGAAGAAUGGCGCAUAGGGAUAGGAUAAGUCAACUUCCUGAGGAGUUACUCUUGAGAAUACUGUCGUUACUUCCUGUCAAAGAUGUGGUAGUCACGAUGGUUUUGUCUAAACGAUGGAAGUUUCUAUGGAUGUUAGUGCCAACACUUGAAUAUGAUCAUGCCAUGUAUCAAGACGCUGAAGGCAGUAGAUUCUCGCGGUUCGUUUACGGUUCUUUGCUGUUACACGAGGCUCCAGUUCUAGAAUGUUUGCGUUUAAAACUUGAUCGGGAGUCUGGUACUGCUGUAGAUGUUGGGGUAUGGGUUAGAACUGCUGUUAAACGCUAUGUGCGUGAGUUAGAUAUCGACAUUAAUAGUCCUUCAGUUUUGACUCCGGUGAUACUUCCAUGGAGCUUGUAUGCAGGAGGAUGUAAAACGCUUGUGACGUUGAAGGUAAGCAACAUGGCCCUUGUGGACGCUUCUUCCUUGCCAGCUUCUUUCCCAUCUCUUAAAUUUUUGAGCCUUGUAAAGAUGAAGUACCCGAGUGAGGAGUUUAUCAACACGCUUUUAGCUAGUUGUCCUGUUCUAGAGGACUUGGCUGUGGAACAUUGUGGUGAUGACAACGUGACCGUUCUCGCUGUUCAAAUACCAUCUCUAAAGACUUUAUCAUUGCGCAAACGGCCAGACAUAGAUGAAGACAAAGCUACUGGUUUUGUGAUAGACACUCCUUCUCUUGUGAGCUUUGAAAUUGUUGAUCAUUGCGGUGAGCUUUGUCUCGUCCAAAGUAAUAUGCCUGAGAUUGUGUAUGUAUAUCUCGACAUUAAUUAUCGUCAUCCCUGGAAGAUGUUGAGUUCUCUUUCUUCAGUCAAGCAGCUCGAGUUAUGUUUAACAUCCUCAAAGAAAUAUCCUAUUGGUAUUGUCUUCCACAAUCUUGUACAUUUAACGAUAUGCACAUGUGAGACAGCGUGGUUGAAUCUACUUCUUUGUGUUCUCAAAGAUUCACCUAAGUUACAAGGUCUCAGAAUUGAACAGUACCAUCCCAUUCGCACUGGCGAACAGCGCCCCUGCUGGAAUGAACCGGGCCAAGUUCCCGAAUGUGUGUUAACGUGUCUUGAAACUGUGGAAUGGGUAAAAUACGAAGGAACAGAAGAAGAGAAAGAAGCAGUAGCUUUUAUUUUUAGAAACGCAAGAUGUCUCAAGAAGGCAACUAUCUCAUCUUCAUCUACGGAUCCGGUCAAGAAACUUGAGAUGCUCAAAGAGUUGUCAUUUCAAUCAAGGUGUUCAAGCACCUGUCAUCUUACAUUCGACUGAGAAGUCACUACAUUAUU